CUGUAGGAAAGCAGCAGGCAGAGCACUUCAGGACUAUUUUCCUGCCUUCAGGGUGGAACUGUAGCGAGGAAACCUUUAUGUUUAUCUGUAUAGCACCUAUUUUGUUUAGAGACUGAACAAUAGAUAUUUGGCUCCCGUGACUUUAAGUGUGAGAUGUGUAACGUUAACAAUGAAAACAUGAACCUGACUGACCACGAAAGCCGCCUAUUCAGGACGUUUGUUUUCGACGUUUGUUUUGGAUCAUAUUCCUGAGUAAAAUGUUCCUGUAAAACCGUGAAAUACGAAUAUUUCGAUAACAUUAUAAAAAGGCUACUCAUGACUAUACCUCAGAGGCUUUUAAUAGAAUACAACCUCGGAGAAAACAGAGCUAAGCGCCGCUAGCCGCUCAGGGGGAAAAAACGGUCAUUUAUUUAUGUUUAUACAAAUAUAUUUGGCACAGGAAUGGAGGACGGCUUGGCGUCGGAAGACGAUAUCUUGGUGCAAUCAGAGAAGGUCUUUCACAACGCUGCAAAAAGGAAUGACACAGGAAAGAUGCUGGAGCUUAUUAGGAAAGGGGUAGACAUCAAAGCUAAAAAUAAAGCAGACAGGAAGGCACUGCACUGGGCUGCAGGUGCUGGUGGUGAAGAUGCUUUGCGUCUGCUGCUGGAGCACGACACUGCGCUGGAUGAUGCAGACAGUUUUGGCAUGACUGCACUACUGUUGGCAGCGUGGUUCGGUCACCUUAAAAUAUUGCAGAUCCUUGUCUCGUCUGGUGCAAAACUCAGCUGUGAAAACAAAAAAGGGCUGAGUCUUCUGCACUGUGCUGCCCAGCGAGGUCAUAUUCGUAUUCUGGAGUACAUCAUGGAGGAUCUGGAGGAUAUAGGACUUGACAAAGUUGACAAGUCAGGUAAGACAGCAUUUCACCUGGCAGCAGAACAUGGACAGUUGGAGGUGACGGAGUAUCUUAUUGGCAUGGGCUGUGCUCACGACCUCAAGGACAAGGAGGAGAACACUGCACUUCAUCUGGCAGCAAAACACGGCCAUACUGAGGUGCUCAAGAAGAUUCUGGAAACAGGGGAGAACAUCAAUGAGAAGAAUAUUGAUGGUCUGACUGCUUUACACUUGUCUGUGGAUGGAGGGCAUUAUGACUGUGUCCAGCUGCUGCUUGAGGCUCAUUGCAACGUCAAUGAACUCACAAAUAGGAAUUUGACGGCUCUUCACUUUGCAGUUCAGCAUGGCUUUGAAAGAGAGGUCAGGCUGCUUGUGGAGGCCGGAGUAAGUGUGGACUCAGUGGAUACUAAUCAUACCACCGCACUACACUUGGCAGUGUUUAACAACUACCCAGAGAUUGUUAAAAUACUCAUUGAUGCAGAAUGUGACCUAGAUGUUUUUGACGAGCGGCUGCAAACAGCCCUGCACAUAGCAGCCGAACACGGACGCCAAAUCAUAGCUGAACUGAUCCUCAUUGCUGGGGUUAACCUCAAACUUCUCGAUAAGCAGGGAAAGACAUCACUGGACAUUGCGGCCAGAAGCAAUCAUGUAAACGUGGUCGACAUGAUUAUUAAAGCAGACAGAUUUUACAAAUGGGAACAGGACAGCGUGAACUGCUCUGAAUCAUUAGUGGGAAGGAAUGUGACCUUCAGACAAGACCAUCAGCAGGAGACACAGCACAUUCGCUCCAUCUUAUGGAAGUUGGCCACCAAGCACUUGAAAGCUGGGGAGUGGAAGACACUGGCGCAGCACUGGCACUUCACAGACGCACACAUCCGAGCCAUAGAACAUGAGUGGACAGGUACUAAAAGCUAUAAGGACCAUGGGCAUCGCAUGCUGCUGAUCUGGCUGCAUGGUGUGUUGAUUGCUGGACAAAACCCCAUUAAAUGCUUGUACGAAGGGCUGAUGGGAAUCUCGAGGAUGGAUCUGGCAGAGAGUAUGCGACAGCAAGCUAAUGCAGACCCCAACACUUCUAAGAAGUGUACAACAAUGUGAAGCAGUGUUGUCACGAAACAUACUGAGGAACUUAAGUUUACAGCAACCAAUACAAGAUGAAAUACGGUCCAGAGCUGAGUAUGCAAUAGAAUAUAAACACAGUUUUCCUCAACAACACAGUUUUGAAGGGCUACUACAAUACCAUCUGUUGAUUCUUGUGACAAAUUUCAGUUUUAUGCAAAUAGGUAGAAUACUGUGAAGCGACAAAUCCAAAUCCAUAUGAUUGGGUAAAUUCCUCAGAUGCGGGUUGUCUGAUGUUCCCCAGUUUUAUACUCCCAACUUUUAGGCCCUACUUACAUUUAUUGGUAACACUUUACUACAACAGUGCUUGAACAAUCAUGCACCAAUCAUGAGUUAAGGCAUGUAGUAUUCACAAACUAAUGAAGAGCUAACCUUAACUACGACAUGAGUCUUAAGAAUUCAUGCGUGAAUAACGACCAUCUUAUAAAGUACAUGUCAAUGCAUGUUUGUUAGUUAAUGUAUUAAUUAACAUGUAGAGGUAAACUAAAUCAAACAUGCUCUAUAAGAAAGGAUGUGAAUUAAAUGUGCAUAAUUUCAAAAUGUUUAUAUAAUUCGCCAGAUGCAGCUGCGUACACAAUCAUCACUGGAUGGCGCUGAGAUUAAAUUAUUGGUGUUUAUUAUUAGUGUGUCUUCCUACGUUCGAUAAGGAGGACCAGUGUAAGUAAUGAAAGUAAUCCUGCACCAUCUAAUGAUGCUUGUGUACGCAGCUACAAUGGUAAAUUAUAUAAACAAUUUGAAAUGAUGCAUGUUUAAUUCAUAUUCUUCCUUAUAGAGCAUAUUUGAGUUUACCCCUAUGUAUUGAUUCAUACAUUAACUAUCAAAACUAACAAUUAGUUUGUGAUUAGUACACGCCUUAACUCAUCAUUAGUUCACAUUUAAUUAAGUAUUAAUUGAAGUAUUAGUGCAUGAUUAUUAUAACGUGCUACCCAUUUAUUUAUUAUUAUUUUUUAAAUUAGCUUUCAAAGAAACGGCUCAGGUUAAAGAAAAGAGGAAAAUCAGGAACACAGUAUUUCUAGCAGAAAUUUUUUCAAAACAAAAAUUGCAAACCAACAAAGGUAACAUGGUGAUAAAUUAAUAGCAGCACAACAGUAGUUGCUAUUAUGUAAUGUGACAAAUGAAAACAGCAUCUACAUAGUAAAGUAUUAGAGACAAACUGGACCAACAUCAGCAACUUGUCGCCUUCAAUUUGUUGUGAAUCCAGGGUUAAGAGGCUACAAGCACUGUGUUAAUUAUG